AUGAGACUUUUUGCCCAUGCUUUUGCCGCAGUUGCGGCCAUUAUGCCGUUCUUGUCAACAUCUAUGGCCCAGAGCGGGACUCCGGUGGCAUACACGGACCCGGAUACAGAUAUCACCUUUGAUACUUGGACUGUUUCGGAGAGCUUGACCAAGGGAGGGUUCACUUUUGGCAUCGCCCUGCCAUCUGAUGCUCUCACCACAGACGCUACCGAAUUUAUCGGCUACUUGUUAUGUUCCUCGCAGAAUGCUACCUCCACCGGUUGGUGUGGUGUUUCGCUCGGGGGCACAAUGACCGAUUCUCUUCUCUUGCUGGCCUACCCUUAUGGCGGAUCCAUUCUCACGUCCUUCCGUUACACCACAGGCUACCACAUGCCGGACGCCUAUACUGGGAAUGCCGAGCUAACCCAAAUCUCGUCCACCAUCAAUGCAACACACUACGCCUUGAUAUUCAGAUGCUCAAACUGUCUGCAGUGGACUCAGGGCAGUGCGAGUGGAAACGCCUCCACGAGCGCGGGUCUGGUUGACUUAGGAUGGGUCCAGGCCUUUCCCGCUCCCGGGAACCCCGGCUGUCCCUCUGAUAUCACCCUCAGUUUCCACGACAAUGGGCACAACCUCUGGGCGGCUACGCUGAAAAAUGCGCCCAACCCGUCAUACACAGACUGGACCGCGAUAGCCCAAACGACGGUCACAGGAAGCUGCUCCACAAAACCCGGACCAACGGCUACGACGACCCCGGCUUCCUCGAGCUCAAUCUCGGUGAGAGCAACGACCACUCCAAAAUGA